AAAAAGAUAAUAAUAAAAAUAAAAGAGAACAAAAUCUGUUUCCACAGAAGCUCUUCCCUGUCCUACAACGCAACCGAAAACUACAUAUAUAUAAGAUUUUCUUUCGAGUAUUCCGAUUUAUUGAAACCUAUGGAUCCAAAGAUCAAACGUUUCUUCGAUUCCGUCGGCUCCUUUUUCUCCGGCGGGGAUCAGAUCCCCUGGUGCGACCCCGAUAUUAUCCUUGGCUGCGAGAGAGAAGUUAUAGAAGCUGCUAAAGGUGACUCAGAGGAAUUCAAGAGUGAGAGCAUUAUGAGGUUGUCAUGGGCUCUCGUUCACUCCAAACGACCAGAAGAUGUGCAGCGUGGAAUCGCUAUGGUUGAAGCAUCAUUAGCCAAUGUUGGUUCCCCUUUGCAACAGCGAGAGAAGGUUUAUCUACUGGCUGUUGGAUAUUACAGAAGUGGUGAAUAUUCAAGGAGCAGACAACUUGUGGAGCAAUGUUUGGAGGUUGCACCAGAUUGGAGGCAAGCUCUGGUUCUGAAGAAGACAAUUGAAGAUCGUAUUGCUAAAGAUGGUGUUAUUGGAAUAGGCAUAACCGCUACUGCUGUGGGACUCCUAGCUGGUGGAAUUGCUGCUGCACUCUCUCGCAAGAAAUGAUAAAAUCUCAACCCCAACAGUAUACAUAACAACUUGCUUCUAUGCUUUGUCAAUUUUGAAACCCCCAACUCUUUUAUUAUUAUUUUCUUUUCAACUGAAGUAGUGUUCUAAAUAAUAGUAUAUGAUAAAACUUGUAGCAUCGCUUAUUUAAUUCAAUAUAUCAGUCAUAUACUUUUUGCA